AUGGUUCGGAAACUACGUUAUCAUGAACAGAAAUUAUUGAAAAAAGUUGAUUUUAUCAAUUGGGAAGUGGAUAAAAAUCUUCAUGAAGUUAAAGUAAUGAGAAAAUUUUUUAUACAAAAACGAGAAGAUUAUACAAGAUACAAUGAAUUAUCAAGACAAAUACGUGAUGUUGCUAAUAAAAUUAAAGAGUUAGAUUCAAAUGAUCCUUUUCGUGCUGAAGCAACAAAUAUGCAUACAAUGGGAGUCAUUCCAACAAAACAGAAUUUAGAAUUAAUUGAUAAAGUAAAUGCCAGUCGAUUUUGUCGACGUCGUCUACCAGUUGUCAUGGUACGUAAUCAUAUGGCACAACAUUUAACAGCUGCUGUUAAAUUUAUCGAACAAGGACAUGUGAGAAUUGGUCCCGAAAUAGUUAGUGAUCCAGCAUUUCUUGUCACCAGAAAUACUGAAGAUUUUAUAUCUUGGACAGAUAAUUCAGCCAUUCGAAAACAAUUGUUAGAAUAUCAAGAAAUGGAAACUGAAAUCAUCUGA